AUGUCUGGUUUGUUCAGAAAUGCAGAGAGUAAUGCGGAGUACAAAGGACUGGAUACGGAUCAUCUUGUCAUUGAGCAUAUUCAGGUGCAGCGUGCUCCGAAAGUCCGUCGACGAACGUAUCGUGCUCAUGGCCGAAUUAACCCGUACAUGUCUUCGCCUUGUCACGUGGAAGUGAUUCUGUCGGAGAAGGAAGAAGUGGUGACUAAGCCGACCGACGACGUUGGAAAGGUAAAGAAAGAGUCAAAGAAGAAGCAGCGCCGUAUCCUAGCCCGGGGAGAUUAUUGA